AUGGAUCCAAAUAUGCUGUGUCCAGUGAAGUACAGUGAGCACAAGAGGCAAACCUGCUUGGUCCGGUCGUCGCCGCUGGGAGCUGUCUCCGGCAGGAGGAAAUCGCCGGAACUAAAUGCCGCCGGUCCGAGAGUCGUGCGGAUAUCGGUGACCGACGCCGACGCGACGGACUCGUCCAGCGACGAGGACGACGGAAUGUUCCGCCGGCAAAGAGUGAAAAGGUUCGUUAACGAGGUCACUAUCGAGACGUGUUCGUCGACGGCCAGGCCGGUGGUGCCUGGGGCCGGAAAUCGCCGGAGAAAGCUGGCAGGAAAUUCUCAGUCUCCGGCGAGACGGUUGAGAGUGACCUCCGGGAGAAAGUUUCGCGGUGUACGACAGCGGCCUUGGGGGAAAUGGGCGGCGGAGAUCAGAGAUCCGCUGCGACGUGUACGGCUGUGGUUAGGCACCUACGACACAGCCGAAGAAGCCGCCAUGGUUUACGACCACGCAGCGAUUCAGCUCCGUGGCCCCGACGCGCUCACCAACUUCGCCACGCCGCCGGCCCAACCCGACGCGCCGGAAACCAACCCGGCGUCGAUUUGUUCCGGCUACAACUCGGGCGAAGAGUCUCACAGCAACAACAAUAACCUCCCCUCUCCCAAGUCCGUCCUCCGGUUCCACUCUCCGGCCACCGACGAACUCGAGUCGACUCAUCAACCCAAGCCCGAGUCAUCCCGCCCACUCAACGAGUUCACCGAGGAAAGCCGAGAUCUCAAAGAAGACACAUUCGAGACGCUAUUUCCGCCCCCGGAGGACAUAUUCGAUUUCCAGAACCCGUUACCCGUACCCGACUUGUUUAAAGAUACGGGUCUGGAAGAAAACCUGUUCAGCGAGGAUUUCACCGACGCGUUCCUCGGGUCGGGAUUCGACUUCGGUUUCGGGCAGUCCGCGUGGCCGCUAGACGAUCAUUUCCAAUUUCAAGAUAUCGGCGAUAUAUUCACAUCAGACCCUCUCGUGGCUCUCUAA